AUUUUGUUUCCUAGUUGCCAUUAUAUCUAUCUCGUUGUCACCAUUCUCAUAUCUUUAUUUUAAGUCAAAGAGAAACAAAAAGAUGGGUCAAUCUCUCAAGAAAUUAACACCUGGAACUGAUGAAAAGAAGGCCAAAGAACUUGGCCCAAUUAUAGAUAAAUUCUAUGAAAACAAUUUAAAAAACCCCUCAAAUAACUUUCCAGAAUUCUACCGAGGAGUAUGCGAAAUAGUCGAGGAACUAAAUAAAAAGCUUGGAUACACGCAGUUCAAACUCCCUAAGACCGAGGACCUUAGGAAGGCAUAUCAAGAGCAUCAUCAAGGGAAAGACAAGGAACUAACAAAAGCAGAAUUCGAAGAUAUUAUGAGAGAGGUGAUAAAGGAAUCAGGUUUCACUGGUGUGGGAGCAAAGGAAGCACUUUUGUACAUAUUUGGUGUUCCUGUGACUGCUCUGUUUGUCAAACAGAGAGUGAUGCCUCAAGCAAUUCCAAAUGAAUUUUUCAUUCCAGGGAUUACUUCACUCACUGUUUUAGUUCUUGCUGCUCUUAACAAGAUAUAAUGAUAUAUUAAUUGUGAUCAACGUAGCUACAAUGUGUUGGGGUUGGCCUUUACUUUCUAGUUUUGCAAGUUUACACCAUUAUUAAUAUUGAAUAUAUCUAUCUAUGCACCAUGAAUUCAUAGUCCCAUAUAUAUGUGUAUGCAAUCUUAAAAAAAAAUUAAGAGUCUCAUAUGUGAAUGUGAUCAUACCAUUAUCUAUGUUAUUUUCCCUUAAUUCUCUA